GCGCAUGCAUCUCUUCUCUGUAUAAGUAGACAAAUCGAAUGAUGCAGUUUCCACUCCAUCCCGUUCUGUCCAGUCACUAGCAAGUUCGUCCUCCUCCUCAUCUCCUGUUCUUCAUUGGUCUCCGUUAAUUGCGUCAGAACUAAGAGGAACAGAGCAUUGUUCUGCAGGGCUUUUGCUACCUCUUCCUGCGACUCGAUCAUGAGCUACCAGCAGGGCUACCCGCCACCGGGCACUGCAGCAGCGUACCCUCCGCCGGGCCACCACCAGCAGGCCUACGUCGCGCCGCCGCCGGCUAUGUACCAGCAGGACCAACAGUACCCUCCUGCCGGCGCCGACACCACCAGCCGCGGCGGACACGGCCACGGCGGCGAUGGCUUCUUGAAAGGAUGCUGCGCGGCGCUGUGCUGCUGCUGCCUCCUCGACGCCUGCUUCUGAUCGACUUCGUCCCAUGUUGUUCCACCGGCACGAUCAGGCGUGGCAGAUAGAUUAUAUAGAGUAUCUUCAUACUUUUUUUGCUUCUUUUUAAAACGUGGUUGAUGUGUUGAGUACUAGUCCCAGAACAAGAUCUUUUUUUUUGUUUUUUUUGGAGAGGCAGAACAAGAUUUCUUGUGUGUGAUAUUUUUUUUAACAAGUUCCUGUGUAUGAUAGAUAGAUAUGUGAGAUUGAUCUGAUGGCCUUAUGGAAUGUAUAUUUUCUUGGUGUUUUCUUUUA